AAAAAAAGAAGUCUGUUUUAAUCGUACGUCGCUCAGCGAGGACCACGGACUGCAGAGAUGCUGCUCUAUGUCUUCUUGCUCCUCCCUGGAGGCUUCUGUUACAGCUCCAUCGAGAUGCGUGAAAUGACGGCGCUGCAGAACAGCGUGGCCACGCUUCCCUGCGCUCACGUGAAGGGCGACGUGGCGUGGAGCCGCUUCGCCAACGGAAAGUCGGUGACGCUCGUCACGAUCCAAAAUGGCGUCGAGAAAAAAAAAAUGGCCGACGGGCGGUUCAGUUCCCUGGCGGAUAAUUCCCUGGUCAUCAGGAAUGUGAGGCCCUCCGACGCCACGAUGUACCUGUGCAACAAUACCAGAGUGUACCUGAACGUGAUGACAGAUCCCAACAUGGCGGGUCCCGAUGCUGGGAAGGUACCAGUGAGGCCCAGAAACGGCUGGGAGGGAACCGUUGAAGACGCGGAGAACCCGCCGCCAUCGGGCCUUUGGAAGGUACCGGUCGGUGUCGCGGCGGGUGUCGCGGCGACGCUUUUGGUGGUCUUAACUAUGAAAUUCUGCUUAAAAAACCGAGUGGAGGAAACCACCAUCUUGGACCAAACUGUACCCGAGGCGACCUACGAGGAGAUUGAAGUGGGCGACCUUUAUUUUGAAAGGCCGCACUACUUCCCGAGCGUCAGUGAAACGGCAUGCGGCUCCACCGCAUAUAAUAUGAGUACAACACCCAAUAAUGAUCAUUAUAAUCUGUACAGCACUGUUAACAAGCUCAGUGAGCAGUGUGUGUAUUCCCUCGCCCAAAAUCCAGUAAAGACAGGAGAGUGAGAGUGAGAGAGUGAGACGUUGUUUCUUUUACAGAUAAAGUAUUUCAACCUGGCAAGUGGAACCAUCAUAGUUCAUAACCUUUGUUUUUCUUUUCUUGUGCAGCAUAAAAUGGUACACGUUGUGUGUUAGCAAGUUAUGUCCAUUCAAACUGACCUGGAGGACCACGUGAGUGCUUUUAGUCCCAUUUAGAGAAUGACCUCUAGUGGCCGGAAAUAGUAUUACAGCAUGACGAAAUAGAUCCUGACGAAAAACUAAUUAAAUGCUUUUUUUUUCUCCCAUCUGUUUAACAUUUUAGUUUUUUAAGGGACUCAGUCAAAACAACUUUUUUAAAUUGUUGUUCUUAAGUCAUAAAAAGAGAAGAGAAAAUGGAUAUUAGAAUAUUAGAAAAUGAAUCACCAGAAUUAGUUGUCCUACUCCUCUCUGGGUUUUUGUGAUAAAGUUACUACACUCACAUUUUGUUGCAUUGAGGAAUACAAAUACAAAAUAAUAUUAAAUAUAAAAAAUAUUCAACUUUAAAGCUAAUUUUCUCUGUUCAAACCAGUAAAUAAAAAUAUUCUGAGCCAGAAACAUCAUGUUGAGCAAUUUCCUCAGUUUACGUAUAAAAAAAAUAAAAUAAUAAUAAUAGAAAAAAAGGAUCAGUUGCUGCUUCAGUCUCAUAUAAAAUGCUUCAUAUUGAUUUAUUUGAACACAUGACGAGUGUCUGUCACACCAUCAGAAGCUGAGC